AUGCAGCACGCGCCCGCCGACGAGGGGCCCGCGUCGCGGGCGCCGUCUGCGUCGGCCUCGCGAUCUGCACCUUUCUCGCUGUCUCCUGGGGACAGGCGUCUGCUGCUGAUUUCUCCAGCGACGGUGAUCUCGCAGCGGACCCCCAGUCAUCUGUCGCGCGCGGAGAUUGUCGGCUUUUUCUCGCGCUUCGGGGCUCUCUGUGGGCCUGGCGACGGGCUGGCCUUCCCGAACGACCGGCGAGACAGGCGUCUGCUGAUUCGCUUCCUCCACCUGCAGGACGCGGUGCGCUGUCUGAGGGCUCUACAGGACGCGCCGGGGGGAGCGGGCGACGCGAGCGAGCGGGGCGACGCGAGCGAGCGGAGGAGCGACGGCCUCCUCGACUCGCGGCGGAGGAGCGACGGCCUCCUCGCCUCGCUCCGAGGGGCGGGAGGCGGCCAGCGAGACCCCGGCGCGCGCGGAGGCGAGGGCGGCGACACCUGGGGGCAUCCGCUGCAGCUGAGCCGCGAAGACAAAAUCAAACUUUCUGCGCUGCGCGGGAACGCCCGCGCCGUCCAGCUCCUCCACGGCGAAGGCACUCUGCAGCGCCUGCGCGAACUCCAGGGAGAGGCGGGGGGCGGCAAGACGGGCGAGCCGGCGGCGACCGGCGGCGGCGCGCAGGCCGGAUGCCAGUGCCCAGGCGAAGGCGGAAGCCGACAGAGUCGAGGAGAUAUUGAGGCGCGCCCGAGCCGCGCGGCCGGCGGCGUCUCGGGGGAUUCGGCGACUCCCAGUGCGCUCUGGGCUGAGGAAGCGAACGCCGCUGGCGGCGGCCGGGGCGAAGCGGGAGCGUCAGCGAAGAGAGCGCAACUUUUCGGCGGCGGCAGGAAAAAGGGUGACUUGGGCGUGGAGGGCACAGCAAGUGCGAGUGAUGCGUUAAACCCUCGCGGAACUGGCGAGAACGAGAAGGGAACGGAGGGCGAGCACCACGCGCGGCGGAGGACGGCGCUGUCUGAGCAGAGAGAGGCACAGUCGCGAAGCACCCCGCCGGUCGACAGCAGACAAACCCGAGACGACCUCACGGACCUGCUCACAGGGGCGGCGAUCGCCGAGAGGCUGAAGCAAGCGGAGGGCGCGCGAGCCGAUGCGAGCUUCCCUUUCGGCUUCCAAGACAGAGCCGCCUCAUACGCCCGAGACGGCGCCGAGCUCGGAAGGGACGCCCUGCUGAUGAGGCGAGACGAUGAAGGCGACGGAGAGCCGGAAGCGGAAGACGAAGAAAUGAAGAUCGCCCGACGCAACGCAGAACUCGCCUACAUUCGCCCGCGAGCAGAGGCGACACACAGCCUGAUGAUAUCUUCGCUGGCGGGCUUUGUGUUCAGUGCAGAGAAUCCAUACGACAACUUCCUCAUUCCGGUGCUCCCACGUCCGGCUCCGCCUGUCACUCCGCAGCCGACUGUUGCGCCUUCUUUCUCUCCCAUGUAG